GCACUACUACGUCUUCUAAUAAACAAGUAAUUAAUCAUGUGAACAGGGGGAAACCCCACACACCAGGCUACAAUAAUUUAUUCACAUAGAAAAUACUCUACUCUCUACUACUUACAAUUGCAGCAGAAACAUUCUUGAUAUUUCCUCCUUUUCAUGCUCCUCCUCCUUCUCAAGAAUCAUGAUUCUUGGUGAUGAUGAUGCAGCGUGAGAAAACGAGGCAGCAACAAUAUGGGAAAGAAUCGUAUUCUGGGUCAUUCUCAUCUGACCUUCUGUUUCAUCCUUUCUGUGUUUAUUUAUGCGUGCGAUUCGCAAGAUGAAGCGUUCGAUACUUCCACUCUUUCCAGUUUCUCCUAUGCAACCACCCGCCUCAACCCCUACGAGUGGCGCUAUAUUAGAGUUGAUUUGCCACCAUGGUUUUCUUCAAUAUCUUUUGCUCUGCAGUCAGAUGCUAACCUCGAUCUCCAUAAAAUAAAGAGUGUAUCACCAAGUUCUCUGCAAAUAAUAUGCUUUAGGGAAGGGAGCCUUCCUCUGCCUGAUGUGUAUAACGCAUCUGUAAUGGGUCUAGUGAUGGAUUACAUAUCCAAUAGUUCUUUUUCUGGGACACGAAGCCUACAGAACAUUGAGAAAUGCUAUCCAAUGCAGAAGAACCUGUGGCUGAGAGUAACAAAUGAGCAGAUCUCUCCAGGUACAUGGUACUUUGGGAUUUUUAAUGGCAUUGGGCAUGUACGGACACAGUCGAAAAUGAUAGAUCGAGGCUCGGCAUUAUCAUUUAGCGGCAAUCUUAGUGUGGAGGGUUGUAUGACCUCAAUGAUGUUGGGUCAGUUUUGCAACCAAACGGUUUAUAUGCUUCCAUGUAAAUCCGGCCAUAACUUAACCGGAAUUGGUUUGGACAAUGAAUUGUAUAGAAAAUUGGAAAAUAGUGUUCUUGCCUGUAGAAAUGCCAAUGGAAUAGUUUGUCAUGAAGGUGGCGAGCAAAAAAUAUACUUAUUAGAUAUAAUAGGAAUUGUUGAAGAGCUACUCAUUGCAGUAACAAAUGUGACAUUUGAUCGAUCACAGCCUUCAACUAUAAAUGGAAGCCAGUCGUUAAUGUGUUACGCCAGAAAUGGUGCAGUUCCCCUUGAAACAGUUUAUGAUUUUUCUAUUGACAUUAGUAAAGAGCCUCUGGUCAUUCACUUUCCUAAAGCUGGCCGCUGGUUUUUUAUUGUUCGGCAAAUUGAUACAUUGAAUACUAGCAGAGGACCUCAAAGUAGGAGCUUGAAAGUGUGCUAUUUGCUGGAAUGGCAAGUGCUCGAGUGCCCUGCCGCCAAGGCUGGAUUGAAUUGCACAUUGGAAAAAUACAUGCUUCAGGCCAUUGUUAGGACAAACCCAUCCGUCCCUUUCGAAUCCAACUAUAUCCCAAUAUCAGAAAAGAUCUCAUCCACUUCGGCUAAUUUUCCUCUGGAACCCCUUACAAGCAACAUUUCGCAUGCAGAAAAUAGUGAAGAGGCUUGGACCUUUUUCCUCCUGGAUAUUCCAGCUGGUGCCGCUGGAGGAAACAUUCAUGUCCAUCUAGCGUCUGACGGAAAGAUAAAUUAUGAAAUUUAUGCAAGAUAUGAAGGAUUACCUUCUCUUAGCAGUUGGGAUUACUUUUAUGCUAAUAAGACAGUCAACAGCAAUGACUCCAUGUUUUUUAAGCUGUAUGAUUCAACCGUGAAGACGAUUAGUUUUUAUAUGCUGUAUGUAAAAGUAGGAACUUGGAGCUUUGGGUUGAGAAAGCUUGAUCCUGCCAAUUCUACUACUCGAACUGACAUCUCCAUUUCAAUAGAGAGGUGUCCACACAAGUGUUCAUAUCACGGAACAUGCCGAUCUGUUUUGGAUGCUAGUGGGCUUACAUUAUACAGCUAUUGUUUUUGUGACCGGAACCAUGGUGGUUUUGAUUGUAGUGUUGAGAUUGUCUCUCAUCAAGAACAAAUGCUGAAAACUGGUGCAGGGCAUCUUCGGCAAUCCAUUUUCCUAAUAGCAUCAAAUGCUGCAGCUCUGUUCCCGGCGUAUUGGGCGCUUCGCAAUCGGGCAUUCCCAGAAUGGGUUCUUUUCACAUCCAGUGGUUUGGCAAGUGCCGUGUAUCAUGCAUGUGAUGUAGGCGCCGGGUGUCUGCUGACAUUUCGCGUCUUACAGUUCUUCGACUUCUGGCUUUCAUUCAUGGCUGUGGUGAGCACAUUUGUUUACCUGACCUCAAUUAGUGAUGCGUGGAAAAGGACAAUAUUCAUUGUUGUGGCACUCCUAACAGCUCUUCUGGCUCAAACCAAACCCACACAGUCGAGAAACAUUGGCUAUGUGAUGGGCUUAGGAGCUCUAGGUCUUCUAGUUGGGUGGCUUGUUGAGUUCUUUGCACGGAAUCGAACAUUUCCUUUUUCAAGAGAGUUCAGUUUUAAUUUUCUUUACAGAUGGGAAAGUGUGAAAGGCUGGAUUCGUAAUACGAUCAAGAUAAUCAUACGGCGGUUCCGCUGGGGAUUCAUUGCGGCUGGAGUCAUCACACUGGCCCUGGCUUCAUUAGGCUGGAGAAUGGAGACCACUGCCAAUUACUGGAUUUGGCACAGCUUGUGGCACAUAUUCAUAUACACGUCUUCCUUCUUCUUUCUCUGCUCGAAACCAAGAGUGCAGAACCAGCAAGCCUCCAACGGACGCUAUGAGUUAACUCAUCAAAAUUCACUCAACAAUCAUCAACAACAUUCGCCCAGGUAGGUUGGAACAAGGUUCUUGUCUACAUAUAGAUCGAUCCGAGACAUAGAUAGAUAGAUAGAUAGAUAGAUGCAGAUGCAGGAACACAAUAACAAAUGCUAUGCUUGUUCCGUCCAAUCAGUUGAAACCGCGCUGGUUAUUAUGAUCAUACUAUCUUGUAUGUAUAAGUAUAUGUGGUGUUGUGUGAGUUAGUGUGUACUUUGGGUGUCAUAUCACAUGCCCAACAGAACAAAUGGGCAGGCCUCCAACUAUCAAUAUUAAGUGAUAUGCAGUUA